AUGGACCCCCCACACAUCACCGAAUUCGCGUCUAAGCGCUACUUUGAGAAGAUAAAUCAGCUUCCCAAGGACCAGCAGCUUCAGCAACAGCAUCAAAAUGACAGCACCGCAGUGGAAACGUCUUCUUCGAGAUUCAUUCUACCAAUCCGAGGGGCCGAGCAGCAAGGGCACGACUCACAAGCAAGACAUGUAGAAUACAACAAACAGGAGAAGGAAAAGGAGAAGGAGAAGCGGGGUCUAUUCGCACGAUUACGAUCUUCGAAACCAGCCGCCUCCACGCCGGAAGCGCAGGCGCCAACAUUCAGACGGCCAUCGAUAGUGACCGAUGUUUCGGCAAGCUCAAUAGCGGAGAGUGCUACCGCCCGGCCCAGGAGUCUGCCCUUCGACCAGCUCUUCCUGAAUCUACCGAACGAGUUGCAGAUUCAGAUCAUAUCCUAUCUUCCCUUGUCAGAUGUGCUCAAUCUACGCCGGGCAUCGAAGUCGUGGCACAACAUGGUCACACUGAAUGAAUUCCCCAUCGUGCGGCGCCAGCUCGAGCACGAGAUACCUGCUUAUGCAAAGCGACUGUACCCCGUGUCGUACCCCUCCGGCUAUACCCUUCACUAUCUAUGCGGCUUGUGGCAUCGGCUACAUGUUGCUGCUAAACUGUCGGGACUGAUGUGCGACUGGUGCACAAAGGAAAUCUUCUUGAAAACAACCAAGGACCAAAUAGCGUCCUUCGCCUCUCAGAGGGAAAGGAUGUACCGACGACUCAUCCCGCUACUGUUUACUAUCUUCCACUUUUUCGAAAACUACCGCAAACUACACCUACAAUACGUCCAGGACCACGGCCACGGCGUCGAGCGGACGCCCUACACCCUUAACCCGAUCGAAGUCCAAAUCAUGAACAUGUACGACGAUCGGACAUUAUUACAAGUUCACCAGGUCUUUCCGCUCGUGGUGGCUUCAUUUUGUCGGCGCCUACGACCGCCAUCGUAUGUCGGUCGUGUGGAACGGACGGUAAGAGGUUAUCUUCGAGAGAAACCAGCCGAUGAGGUACACACGGCGGUGCUCUGCUUAGGCGGUCUGAGGCAGGUCUUGAGGCUAUGGGAAGUGCGCGGCUACAACACGCGGAGAGGAGCCGUGGACACUUGGUACAACAACAUCCAGGACGCGAGAGAACCGCCGAGGAGCCCGGAAGUCAGCAAAGAGACGAAAUCAAGACGAGGCAUAAUGAGCUUGGGACGACGGAAGUCAACCUGGCAGGUACGAGAUGCCUCGAGAUCCCAAGCCGACGACGUACCGGAACUGCCGACCCGCGGCUCGCUGGAGCACGCUGCGACGCGGAGGUUGACGGUGACGCAACCGAGUCUUGUCUUCAACACAAGCCUCGCAGCUGGGAUGCCCAUGGACUGGCUCGAGCAGGAUCAGUACAGGCUCUUACUGCCGGAUCUGCCCGUGCUACAGAAGCUCUGGCUGUCGACCGCCGAGGCCAUGAUCCUGGACCGCAAUAUCGUGGAGAGAUCAGUGGACAUCAAGCGCAACGCCCAGGUGAUGCUCGACCUGAUCAAGGAGGACGGCGGCGAGGGCGAGGACUUCUGGUGGUACGAAAACAUACAGCCGCCCAAGGAAGCCAUUGAGGAGGACACACUCGAAUGA